AUGGUUACAAUUUCGUCAAAGUUAUUAUCUGCUGAAACAUUCGAGAAUGGUAAACUCAAGACAAGUACUGAAGCAAUUAAUACAUUCAAUUGUUCCAAUAAUAUGGAACUUUAUAAUCGAUAUGCUUAUCAAUGGAAAAUAAUUGAUAAGAAUUUUUGUUCACAGAAAUAUCCUAACUUAUUGCUUCUUAUUUUUGCAAUCACAGCAGUGGAACAACGAGAACAUCGAAAUUUAAUUCGAAAAACAUGGGGCAAUAUUCGACUAUAUGAAGAUUUCAAAACUGUAGUAUUAUUCCCACUUGGCAUUACUGAUGAUCUCGAUAUGAUGAAUUUAAUCCAGAAUGAGCAACAAAAAUAUGGCGAUAUUAUACAACAAGAAUUUUUUGAUACUUAUAAAAAUCUUACUAUCAAGCCUGUAUCAUAUAAGGAAUAUCCAAUGCAAUAUUAUCCACGACAUUGUAGUGGAUCAUUUUACUUACUUACAGGAUAUCUUGCUAGGCUAUUAUUUGAGCAGGCUCGUUUCUGCACAUUAUUCUGGCACUUAUCGGAAAAUGCAAAGAGUGGAAAUAAAUUGUUCUGGAAGCAAUGA